UGUCAACUUGUAUUCUAAUGCGCAGAAAGAAGGAAAAACAAGAACAAGCAGCAAAUGAAAAGGAAAAAGACACGGAUGUAGAUAAGCCCAAGGAUAUAUUUGUCAUUAACCCUGCAGGAAAUCUUUAUUACAACUGGCUUUUCAUCGUUACAUUACCAGUCAUGUACAACUGGACCAUGAUUAUCGCUAGGGCGUGCUUUGAGGAGCUGCAGCACAACUACAUCCUUUACUGGGUCUUAUUUGACUACGCCUCAGACCUCAUCUAUCUGGCUGAUAUGCUCGUCAGGACCAGAACAGGUUACCUUGAGCAAGGCUUGAUGGUGAAAGAUGAAAAGCUACUUCGUGACCGCUACAUCAAAAGCUUCCAAUUCCGGCUGGAUGUUAUCUCCAUGUUGCCCACUGAUGUCCUGUAUCUCUUUCUGGGUCUGGACUACCCAGAGAUUCGAGUCAACAAGCUUCUGAGGAUUGGUCGCAUGAUGGAGUUCUUCACAAGGACGGAGACUAAAACCAACUACCCCAACAUCUUCCGCAUUGCAAACUUGAUCAUGUACAUUCUCAUCAUUAUCCACUGGAACGCCUGCUUCUACUUCUCAUUUUCCAAGUCAAUUGGUUUUGGGUCAGACGAAUGGGUAUACCCAGCUGUUGAUGAUCCGGAGGAGCCAGCUUUUGGCCAGCCCAUGCGGAAGUAUGCCUUCAGCCUCUACUGGUCCACAUUAACCCUGACCACAAUUGGAGAAACGCCACCACCGGCCCUCGAUUCUGAAUUUAUCUUCCAUGUGGUUGACUUCUUAGUUGGGGUUCUCAUCUUUGCCACGAUUGUGGGAAAUAUCGCUACCAUGAUCUCCAACAUGAAUGCUGCCCAAGCCCAGUUUCAGGCUCGGAUUGACAACAUUAAACAGUACAUGCAGGUUCGGAAGGUCAGCAAGGAGCUGGAAUUGCGUGUCAUUAAAUGGUUUGACUACCUGUGGAACAAUGGCAGGGCACAGGAUGAACGUGAGGUGUUGCGGUAUCUUCCAGAUAAAUUGAAAGCUGAGAUCGCCAUCCAAGUUCACAUGGAGACACUCAAGAAGGUUCGCAUUUUUGCAGACUGUGAGGCAGGCUUGCUGAUCGAACUAGUGCUCAAGCUCCGACCUCAGGUGUUCAGCCCCGGAGACUACAUCUGCAAGAAGGGCGAUAUUGGUCGUGAGAUGUAUAUCAUCAAAGAUGGGAAACUGGCCGUGGUCGCAGAUGACGGCGUUACUCAGUUUGUCGUGCUGGGAAGCGGAAGUUAUUUUGGUGAGAUCAGUAUCCUUAAUAUCAAGGGCAGCAAAGCGGGCAACAGGCGGACAGCCAACAUCCGCAGCAUCGGAUACUCAGACCUCUUCUGCCUGUCCAAGGAUGACCUCAUGGAGUCGCUCAUGGAGUACCCGGAUGCUAAAGGCAUGCUGGAGGAGAAGGGCCGACAGAUCCUGUUGAAAGAUGGCCUGAUUGACUUGGACCCAGCUAACAUCAAGCCGGAGGCCAAGGAGCUGGAAGAGAAAGUCAACAAGUUAUACAGUACGAUGGAUUUGAUGCAGAUCAAACUGAAGAAGAUUCUGGAGAAAUACAAGAAAACCGAUAAGACUCUGUGGCAUCGCAUCAAUGACCUGGAGCGCCUGACAGGGGAGGAAAUAGAGGACGAUGGUGAGGGGGAAGAGGAUGUGAAAAGGGAGGAGGUUCAAGUGGGAGGGGAGAAAACUGAAGAUAGGGGUGGGCUGGAUGAAUUAGGAGAAGAGAAAAGGGAAGACCUGAGAGAAGAGCAAGAGAAGCCUGAAACAAAGGAUGUGGAAGAAAAAGGCAAAUAUGUGAAGAAAGAUGACGAGCACAAAGACAAAAAAUAACUGAAAUCCGACGUUUACACAAAAUCAUUCUUCUUUGUGGAUAGAGCUUUCAACACGAGUCUAUUUUCUGUAUUCAGACCCAACCGACCAAAAAUAGCUGAACAUGCCCAAGUAACUAUGGAAACUACAUACAGUCAAAUGCCAAUGGAUAAAUAUAAUUUCAUAAAAACAAAGGAUUGAAAUUUGGAUAAAUAUGUCACAUGUAUUGUCAUGACCACUGUAUUAUAUCUCGUGCGCUGCUACAUCUAUUUCUAUUUUUGAGGUACAAUUUUUGUAUUUAACUUGUGCAUGUCAUUUAAUCACUCAAAUCGUACAGUUUUAUAUUUUCUUAUGUUUAAGCGUUGUACUAAUAUUCAAACUACAGAAUGUUACUUAAGAUAAAAUGGCAUAAGAUAAAAUUAAACAUUUUUAAGAAUACAAACUUUGGCUCCCUUUCCAUAAACACUUGGGCUUACUAUGCUACUGUAAUUUAUAGUCGUAUGUUGUAAUUUGAAAAAGCUAAGUCAUUUUUAACUGGUACUUGAUGCUUAAGAGUUUGAAAGUUAGAGAACCAGUGGGAUACAAAAAUUUAAAAAAUUAUUUUGAUUAAGAAUUGCAUACACCUGUGACCAUUGUGAGAAGAUGUGCUUCUGAGAAUGGAUGAAUGGAUAAUUGCAUAAAUCCACCUUCACCUGACAUCACCAGGCACUUGGAAGCAAGAUACUUUAAACUGCUUUUACAGCAAAUUCAGAAACGCGUUCUGUCUGAAAGAAGUCACCCUAGCAGACACGAUACAUUCAAGAUGAUCCAGCAAGUGUUCAUAUGGUUGAAGUGAAAUCUGUUGUCAAGAUCCUCCAUUCUUAUUUUUUCCAAAUUGUGGAAGUAGUCUCCACCGCCCCCGGAUGCAAGUGCUGGGGGACGGAAUUCAGUCCUGCAUUGUGGAGCAUCUUUUGUGUUGGUCCCUGGGUUCUAAUAACUAAAUUCCAUUAAAACUUCUCAUCACAAACUCUCAUCAAAUGAUGAGGAAAAAAAAAGGCCAAGAUGAAAAUAAAGCAGCUUGGAGAGCUGGUGAGAAUGAGUGCAACUUUUAGUGUGUUGGCUUCAUUGAAAGCAGAUUUGUGUCAUCUUUUUAAUUCUUGUCAUUUGUCCUACUUUGUAACAGACUGCGUGUCUAUUUGUCAAAAGAUAGUGGCAGACAGAUGUUCAAUUAAAUUCUACUGUAGGUGGUGAAUUAAAACAAUGAAGCAAU